GGCGUACUUAAAGGAGUUGGCGGCGAGUAUCCACUCACAGCGGAGCUUCACAGCCUUUCGUCUCAGCUGCUCGUGGUCUCCGCGCCCCCCCGGACGAUCCCCGGUGUUUGUCGGCCACCAUGCCGCGCUCUUUCCUCGUUCGGAAAUCGUCCUGCUCCCGCCGGAGGCCCAACUACAGCGAGCUGCACGACUCUUCUCCAGAAUUGACCUUCCAGCAGCCAUACGACCAGACCCACCUGCUGGCGACCAUCCCUCCUCCUGAGGUCCUCAACCCCACGGCCUCGCUGCCCACUCUCAUCUGGGACUCUCUGCUGGCACCCCAAGCCCAGUCCAUCACCUGGGCCUCCCUUCUGCCUCAGGAGCUCCCCAAGGCAGUGGAUCUGACCUCCCUAUCAGACGAGGACAGUGGAAAAGGCUCCCAGCCCCCCAGCCCACCCUCACCGGCUCCUUCAACCUUCUCCUCUGCCUCCUUCUCUUCCCUGGAGGCGGAGGCCUAUGCAGCCUUCCCGGGUUUGGGCCAGUUGCCCAAGCAGCUGGCAGGGCUUUCCAUGGCCAAGGACCUCCAGGCUCGGAAGUCCUUCAACUGCAAAUACUGCAACAAGGAGUAUAUCAGCCUGGGUGCUCUCAAGAUGCACAUCCGAAGCCACACACUGCCCUGUGUCUGUGAUACCUGCGGGAAGGCCUUUUCUAGGCCCUGGCUGCUGCAAGGCCAUGUCCGGACCCACACUGGUGAGAAACCUUUCUCCUGCUCCCACUGCAACCGGGCGUUUGCUGACCGCUCCAACCUGCGGGCCCACCUCCAGACCCACUCGGACAUCAAGAAGUACCAGUGCAAGAUGUGCUCCCGGACCUUCUCCCGCAUGUCCCUGCUCCACAAACACCAAGAGUCGGGCUGCUUAGGGGGGCCCCACUGACCCCCGAGCCCUUUUCCAGACCUGCAACCUCUUCCCUGUUCCAGAAUGAAGGACCCUAGUCUGUCGUGCCUUUGACUGCUAGGGAUUCCCGCCUCUUGGGCUCAGGAUGGCUGUCCAGGUCCUUCUGCCUGUGGUGCUUCUGUGGGCUCUGAAAAGAGCCUUUCCUGGGGAAUCUCUGCAGCUGGCUGAUAGGAGGUGGCAUGUGGCACAGCAGCCUCUUGGCUGCCUCUGCUUUGUGACUUUCCUGGGUGGGUCUUUCCAUCUGGGUGUGUAUAUCCAAAACCUUGGAUAUAGCUGCUUUAAGCUAUAGGACAAAUGCCAGCAGACUGACUCGGAAGCUUCCAUGCCCCCCCUGAGGGGGGGGUCCCUCCACUCCAGGAGCCCUCAGGCCAUUCCUUUAGGAGGCAGAACUAACUAUGCAAUAAUCCACCCCCAGGGGCUGGGGUGGAAUAUGAGUGACUCAAGGGCAUGUCUAGACCCCAAGAUGCCUCCUGGGCCUGAGCAGCUAUUUCAGCCUCCAGUUUGUCAUGGUAGCACCUGUUUCACAGCCAAUUUAACAACAGUCUCAAAAGGGACUGUGAGUAAUUGCUGUUACUUGUCAGGGGUGCUUCUCUGGCCAGCUAGACCGAUGUAUCUCCCAGAACUAUUUCAGUGCCUGACAGGUGGGCCUGGGAGGAAGAUGUUUACAUUUUUUAAGGUACACUGGUAUUUAUAUUGCAAGCAACAUUUUGUACUUUGAAAACCUUUUGUAUAGUUAUAUGUACAGUUUAUUGAUGUUCAAUAAAACGGUUAAUUUAUAUAUUAAAAAAAAAACCUGUUUUAUAGUGCAGUGGGUAUUUGAACUGGCUUUUAGGAAGAGCUUAGGACUCAGGGAGCUCAGGCAUUCCACACACAGCAUUAAAUCUUUGCCAUUUAAACAGCAUGGUGGCAUUGGGCCAUCGAGGUUGUACAAAUAGGUUUUCUUGUGAGUUUGAAUGUCUUGUCUGAUGUGGAGGUUGGGAAACACCUGUGUGCAGUAGGAAUUCCUGUGCAGGUUCCUCAAAUUCUCUGCUACGUUGUCGAUCUCGUUCAUCCUCAUGAAGUGUUUUGAAGCUGACCAGGCCCACAGGGAAAGAA